UGAUGGAAGUGAAAGAGGAGAGUCAAGCUGAAGUGAAUGAGAAACAUCAGAUUGUAAAAAUAAACCAUAAUGUUUCACAGAAAGAAACUCUGAAGACAGAAGACAUAAAGUGUGAAAAUAAUUUCAGUGAAGAUGAACACCCUGCAGAUCACAAGAGAACUCGCAGUAAGCAGAAACCUUUCACAUGUCAUCAGUGUGGAAAGAGUUUCAGAACAAAAGCUCACCUCAAAGCACACAUGAGGAUUCACACUGGAGAAAAACCAUUCACAUGCCAACAGUGUGGAAAGAAUUUCAUAAGCAAAGCUUACCUUAAUAAACAUGUGAGGAUUCACACUGGAGAGAAACCUUACACGUGUCAACUAUGUGAAAAGAGUUUCACCUUUCAAGCAAACCUUUACCGCCACAUGAAAACUCACAGUGGGGAAAAGCCACACGCAUGCCAUCACUGUGACAAGAGUUUCAUAGAUAAAAGUCAACUUAAGAAACACAUAAGAGUUCACACUGGAGAGAAACCUUUCAUGUGUCAACAGUGUGGAAAGAGUUUUUCUAUUGAAGGUAACCUUAAGAUACACGAAAGAAUUCACACUGGAGGGAGAACGUUCACUUGCCAUGAUUGUGAAAAAUGUUACAGAAGUAAGAGUAACCUUAAAGCACACAUGAAAAUUCACAAAGGAGAGAAACCAUAUGUAUGUUUUCAGUGUGAAAAGUGUUUCAGUAUGGAGUGUCACCUUAAGAAACACAUGAUAACUCACAGUGAAAAGAAACCUCACGCAUGUCUUCAGUGUGAAAAGAGUUUCAGAGAUAAAACGAAUCUUGAGACUCACAUGAGAAAUCACACUGGAGAGAAACCUUACAUAUGCUCUCAGUGUGAAAAGAGUUUUACAUGUCAAAGUAAUCUUAAGACACACUUGAAAAUUCACACUGGAGAAAAACCGUUCACAUGUCUUCAGUGUGAAAAGAGUUUCAUAAAUAAAAAUGGACUUAAAAAUCACAUGAGAAGUCACACUAAAGAGAAACCGUUCAAAUGCCAUGAGUGUAAAAAGAGUUUCAAAACAAAAGCUUAUAUUAAAAUACAUGCAAGAUUUCACACUCAAUAGAAACCAUUCAUGUGUCAAUAGUGUGGAUAUGGCAAAAAGUUAAUAAAUCAGCUGAGGUCUUUUUAAUAAGACAGAUCUCAAAUCGAAAGUGACCUGUAUUGCAGUGUGUCAUGUAGCUGUCCAUCAAUGUAAACAAUGUGCAAAGUAGUUGAACCAAAAAGUGCUUGAUUAAUAAAGUUACUGGCUUCUAGCGAGUCGACUCUGAAUCGCUGAAACGAGUCCUCAUAUGGAUUGAAUCUCCUGCC